UUCCCGAAACCCUCUCCGGUCUCCUCCCCUGCUCCGGGUUUCGCCCGAACUUCCCUUCUCUGCCCUAAACACCCGCGCUCGAAACCAUGUCCUUCGUGAACGAACACAUUCACCAUUAGAGCUAGCUGGGAAGAAACGAAGGGAUCGCGGCUUACAGAGACUACCGAAACUUCCAUCUUUCUCAUCCUUCCUCUCUGUUCCUGCCAGAAACCAUUGAGGAAGGUUAAAUCCUGCUCAAAUCCUUUUGCCAAACAGCACUUUCUCCUUUCCAAUUUGUUUCAUCAACAAUGGCGGAGCCCUCACCUUCAACGUCGAAGGAAGCUAUGCUCAUGUCUUCGGAACUCUAUCCAUCCGUGGACGAUCUUCCAUACGAAGAAGAAAUUCUCCGCAACCCUUUUAACUUGAAGCUGUGGUGGCGCUACCUUAUAGCCCGCGCUGAUGCACCCUUUGAUAAGCGCCGUGUCAUCUACGAACGGGCCCUAAAGGCCCUCCCGGGGAGUUACAAGCUGUGGCACGCUUACCUGCGGGAGCGGCUCGAUCGCGUUCGCGCUUUUUCAAUCUCCCACGAUCUCUACGGCCAACUCAACAACACCUUCGAGCGCGCGUUGGUUACCAUGCACAAGAUGCCCCGCAUCUGGAUCAUGUACCUCACAUCCCUCACUGAGCAGCGCCUAAUCACGCGUGCUCGCCACACCUUUGACCGUGCCUUGUGCGCCCUGCCCGUCACCCAGCACGACCGCAUCUGGUCUCCCUACCUUACUCUUGUCUCCAUCUCUGGCGUGCCAGUGGAAACCUCCCUCCGUGUUUACCGUCGCUACCUUCUCUUCGACCCUUCCCACAUUGAGGACUUCAUCGACUUCCUUCUCCGCUCCCAGCUAUGGCAGGAGGCCGCUGAGCGCCUAUCAUCUGUUCUCAACGACGAUUCCUUCCAUUCUAUCAAAGGCAAAACUCGCCAUCAGCUAUGGCUUGAGCUCUGCGACCUCCUCACACGCCACGCCACCGAAGUCUCCGGCCUCAAGGUCGAUGCAAUCAUCCGCGGGGGAAUUCGAAAGUACACUGAUGAGAUUGGCCGUCUCUGGACUUCCCUUGCCGAUUAUUACGUCCGCCGUGGUCUUUACGAGAAGGCUCGUGAUGUCUUUGAGGAGGGCCUUGCAAAUGUUGUCACUGUGAGAGAUUUUUCAGUCAUAUUCGAUUCUUAUGCCCAGUUCGAGCAGAGCGCCCUCGCUGCUAAGAUUGAGACGGCUGAAAACGGCUCAGAUGGCAGUGAUGAUGAUGGUGAUAAGAAUGGGAUCGAUAAACUUUCAAAGAAGUUUCUCGAAGAUUUCUGGUUGAAUGAUGAUGACGAUGCUGAUCUUAGGCUAGCAAGGCUGGAGAACCUCUUUGAUCGUCGGCCAGAGCUGCUUAACAGCGUGUUAUUAAGGCAGAAUCCACAUAAUGUGGAGCAGUGGCACAGGCGGGUGAAACUUUUUGAGGGCAACCCCACCAGGCAGAUCUUGACGUUCACUGAAGCAGUGAGGACAGUGGACCCAAUGAAGGCCGUGGGGAAGCCCCACACUUUGUGGGUUUCAUUUGCACGGUUGUAUGAGAACCAUAAUGAUCUAGUCAAUGCCAGAGUUAUUUUUGACAAGGCUGUACAGGUCAACUACAAGACAGUUGACAAUCUGGCAAGUGUUUGGUGUGAAUGGGCUGAGAUGGAACUGAGGCACAAGAAUUUCCAGGCAGCUCUUGAGCUUAUGAGAAGGUCUACUGCAGAACCCUCUGUUGAAGUCAAAAGAAGAGUUGCUGCGGAUGGUAAUGAACCUGUGCAGAUGAGGUUGCACAAGUCCUUGAGACUCUGGAGCUUUUAUGUGGAUCUGGAAGAGAGUUUAGGAACACUGGAAAGUACACGUUCUGUUUAUGAGAGAAUUCUUGAUCUGAGGAUUGCUACUCCCCAAAUUGUAUUGAAUUAUGCAUUUCUCCUUGAGGAGCACAAGUAUUUUGAAGAUGCAUUUAAGGUGUAUGAAAGAGGCGUCAAGAUCUUUAAGUUCCCUCAUGUGAAAGAUAUAUGGGUCACAUACCUUUCAAAGUUUGUGAAGAGAUAUGGAAAGACUAAACUAGAGCGGGCAAGGGAACUUUUUGAGCAUGCAAUUGAAAAGGCACCUGCACAAGAUGUGAAGCCGUUAUAUUUGCAAUAUGCUAAACUGGAGGAAGACUACGGGCUAGCAAAACGGGCAAUGAAAGUCUAUGAUCAGGCUGUAAAAGCUGUCUCUGAUGGCGAAAAACUGAGUAUGUAUGAGAUCUACAUUGCUCGUGCUGCUGAAAUCUUUGGCAUUCCAAAAACAAGGGAAAUUUAUGAGCAAGCCAUUGAGUCUGGCCUUCCGGAUAAUGCUGUUAAAACAAUGUGCAUGAAAUAUGCUGAACUUGAGAGGAACUUGGGAGAGAUUGAUCGUGCUCGUGCAAUUUUUGUAUUUGCAUCACAGUUUGCUGAUCCACGUUCUGAUUCUGAUUUCUGGAAGAGGUGGAAUGAUUUCGAAGUUCAGCACGGUAAUGAGGAUACAUUUAGAGAGAUGCUUCGCGUUAAACGCAGUGUCUUAGCUAGCUUUAGUCAGACUCAUAUGAUCCUUCCUGAAUAUUUAAUGCAAAAAGAUCAGAAAUUGAACCUAGAAGAAGCAGUGGACACUCUCAAGAGGGCAGGAGUUCCUGAAGAUGAAAUGGCUUCUUUAGAAAGACAAUUGGCCUCUUCAUCUGCUGACUUGUCUGUUAAAGAUGAAAGCAGAAUGAUGAACUUUGUAAGCGCUGGAGUGGAGUCACGGCCUAACAAUGAGAAGAAGGUAAAUGCUAACAGUGAGGAUAUCGAGUUACCAGAAGAAAGUGAUUCAGAUGAUGAGAAAAUUGAGAUAGCUCAAAAGGGUGUACCCGCUACUGUUUUUGGAGAGUUGGCACACAAAGUUACUUUAGAUAAGGAGAAAGAUGCUGUUUCUGAGGAAAAUGGGGCGAAUGCUCCUUUAGGUGCCCUCGAGAGAAUAAAGAGACAAAGAAGGCAGUAGUACAUCAUUCUAAUAAUAUUUAGAGUUUCAGAGUACAGUUUGAGGGAUGCUUUUGAUUUUUAAACCACCGGAAGUGCAUAGUUUAUGCUCUGAUCUGUUUGAUCAACUCCAAAUGCUAAAUUAUUCAGGGCUGAAUUUGUCCAAGCCAAGCUGAUUUGAUGGAUAUUUCCAUGUUUACACUCAGAAAUGCUGAGAAGAAAAUGACUCAUCUAUUCCAGGUAUAACAGGGCACCGCUAUUUUUUAUAAGAAAUGCUUUUAUAACCCAGCACUAAAAGCAAGAUAUUUAUAUUUUUGUUAUAAUAUGGAACUCGAAUACCAUCUUCAAUGUUCCUUCUCUGAAGUGGAUGCUGAAAGCUAUCCACCAUAUUAUAUUCUGGAGCAGUACUUAUACGUCACUGGCAUUAAAACAAAAUGCGGAAGGUAUGGACAUUGCUAACGAAUUGUGGAAGAAACGGGAUUCAGGUUUCUCAUUCUAUCCUUUAUUCAUUUAAUUUCCCAUUGCCCCUAAUUUUCUCGGAGGCUCUUUGCAGUGGGAGAUCUGCUGUUUAAAAUGGUUAUAAUGUUUUGAAUUUCCGAAAAGCAUCUUCUUCGCUUUGUGGGAUCUUGAAUUGAUUCCACCUUUCUGUCACGCAAGCCUUUCCAGCCUUUGUUUGGCUUUGAGGUUCGUGCAACUUUUCUUUUAUCGAUAUCUUGUGCUUAGUAUGUCUUGUGCAAGUUUUCUUUUAUCGCAAGCUCUUUGCAGUGGGAGAUCUACACCUUAAUGAUUUCAAUACUAUCAUAAUUCAAUUGUCGUCUGUUGAAAUUGAUUUUGAUGAUCUUGAUACGUGCGUUGAUAU